CAGAAACUCACCACGUUAAACUUUAAAAUUAUUUUAAUUUCUUAUUUUUCGUUUACCAAUAAUUCCAAUGUAUUUUUAUGAAAAUAUUUUCUCAGUUUGUAUCAAUCAGUAUACAAAUAAUGAGAAUGUGGCGUAGUUGUCUGUUGUGUUGGAUUAAAUUGGCGCUGAAUUUCAAAAUCUAGAGCAAGUGAUUACGCCAAAUGAUAAUGAUAAGAUAACACACCCAUUCCACCUAGAUAAGUGAGUGACUGCAUGUAUUUUUAUAAAAUGAAGAAAUUGUUUUUGUGACAAAAUAAUGGAAGAACAAACGAAUCGAGCCCCAAGUCGAAUGGAGCGAGGUGAAAGCAGAGUAGACGACUUGCAUUUGGACAGAGUCGUAGCUUCACAGCCUGAGAUUGGGCCCACUCCACCAGACGGAGGGUACGGAUGGUUGAUUGUUGUGUCAGCAGUGAUAUACCACAUCACCGUGCCAGCUCUAUUGUCGUUGUAUGGACUGAUAAUCUUAAAGGGAAUUCGAGAGGAAGGUCAUGAGGACAAUGAAGUUCUGAAAAUAUGGGACGUGGACAUAGCUUUGGUGCCAGUGAUAGCAUUGGUGAUAAGACUGUUGCUGGAGUCAUGGUGCCGCGCUGUGGUGAAGAUAUUCCACAUGCCGAGGUUCAUGGCGCUGUCAGGGCUCUGCCUGACCGUGGCAGGAGUGUUACUCUCAAGUUACUCGACAGACGCGGCGAGCAACGACCACAUAGUAAAUACAUUCUCCGGAAUAUUUGCAGGAAUCGGGUGCGCCUUAACUGGGCAGCAGACUGAAGUCAUCAUCACUCAUUACUUCAGGGAGAAGCUAACGAUGGCGCAGAGGAUCGUGCGCAUGGCUCCCUCUGUCGGCAACUGUCUGGUACCCAUACUAAUCGGGUACCUGUGCUCCGUUUACACCGGUGACGUGGUCGUCAUGAUCUACGGAGCCAUCAUUAUGCAAAACUGCAUCUUCUUAGCAUCAUACACACGACCGAUCUACAUCGAAAAAGUUAUCCGACAUACAUACAAUAUGCUCAGAGAGGCAGUUGAGGACGAAGAUGAGGUCAUAUUCUCUAAUCAAGCAAGAAAAAGUGAGGCCGAAGCUGAACGGAAGAACAUCGAACGCAAUGAACCAAUCAGCUCUCAAGGGGAACCAUCAAACAGUGCGACAGUAGAAGAAGACGGCACUGAUGUGGUAGUUUUCAACUCAAGGCAAAACGCGAAAGAAAUUCUAGAUCCUGCCAUACAGUACAGGGAAAACAGAUCAGCUUCCAAACAGUCCAGGUUUUCAUCCGAUUUCAGCACAAUGUACGACACAGGAACAAACAGGUUUUCAUCAGAUUUCGGUGCUUUGGACAUUACUAGUUAUGCAAGAGUUAAUGGGUACCAGGAGUUGGAGAAUAUUGAUAGACAGGCACCCCAGCCAUUGUACAGAGAGACGACGGUAAAUGCUCCGACGAACAGCGUGGUCUUCGCUGCUGAAGUAUCACCAGGCACUGCUAGAAGAACAGCUUCGUUGAAGAAAAACUUCUUCACGAUAACCAACAUGCUGAAGGAUAUCAACUUCUACUUGUAUGCUUUACUGCAUCUGUGUACCACGUUCUCCAUAUUGGUGUUGGGACUUAUCUUCCCACCAUUGAUAUGGGAGCAGAAUCCUUCGAUGAAUAUUUGGUCGGUUUCAACACUGAUAGCAGCAGCCCACGGAUCAGCAUUGUGCUUCAUAAUGUUGUGCGUAGUGCUUCCGAAGUCCAUCAAUGAGAAGGCAAGACUCUGUGCUGCCUUCUGCGUAGCUGGUGCUAUGGGCUUCUAUGGUAUAGCUCUAUCCACCAACAAGAGUCUACUAGUAGUAUGGUGCAUGCUGGCCAGUUUCUCUACAGCAGCGUCGAGCAUACUUCAGCAGCCAUUAUACAACAGCACGCUAAACGAAUUCGACACCACAGCCACCAUGACCGCUUCAAAUACUAUCGUCGCCAUUUUUAUCAUCUCGUGGUCGCUCAUUUACAAUUACGAUUACAAAACUUGUUUCUUGACAGCCAGCGUAUUACAAACUGUGACCGCUUGCAUGUUCUUCGCUUUGUCUUUUAGGAGAAGACGGUAAUUUUUGUUUAGAUUUUUAAGCCUUGAAAGUUUGUCAGCUUUCGAAGCGCAUCGAAGCAAUACGGUAGUUUCCAAUUAGUCAAAUUCUAUACUUUUAUCCAAAU